AUGCCUCCCAAGCAAGAUCUGAAUCGUUCAGGAUGGGAGUCGACCGACAUGCCCUCGGCUUGUGAGAAGUGCCUUGGCGACAAUCCUUACGUUCAGGUUCUGAAAGAAGAUUAUGGUGCUGAAUGCAAAAUCUGCACUCGUCCAUUCACAGUAUUCCGCUGGAAGACCGAUCGCACAGCUCGCCAAAAGCGAACAAAUCUUUGCUUGACAUGCGCCAGACUGAAAAACUGCUGUCAGUGCUGUAUGCUCGAUUUGAGCUUUGGACUACCCAUCGUUGUACGCGACGCCGCCUUGAAGAUGAUCACACCUGGACCCAACAGUGAAAUCAACAGAGAAUACUAUGCACAGAAUCACGAAAAAGAGAUCGAAGAGGGUAGAGGAGCUAUCGAGGCUUAUGAAAAGACGGACGAAAAAGCCAGGGAUUUGCUGCGCAGACUUGCCCAGAGUGAGCCUCAUUACAAGAAGCAGAGAAGAUUGGAAGAGGAGGGUGCUGCAUCAGGACAAAAGAUGAUCGAGGGCCCGUCUUCGGAAGGCGCCAGACCAGGACCUAUUCGUACGAAAGACUCGAGGCCAGCUGGAUACGGACCACCAUCACGUCCUGUCAAGGGCGCAUCGAGAGCACGACCUUUCCCAAACACUGCGACUUUACCACCACAACCGCAAGACAUUCUGCCGCCGGCCGACAAGAAUGUCAUGUCGCUUUUCGUCACUGGUGUCGAGGAUGACCUUCCUGAACACGAGAUUCGCGUCUUCUUCUCGCAAUAUGGAGCACUCCGGUCGCUCGUCUGUUCACAUCGAUCACACUGCGCCUUUAUCAACUACAUGACUAGGGAUACUGCAGAAGCUGCUGCUGCUGCAUGUCAAGGAAGAGCUGUUGUCAAGGGUGUACCACUCAGAGUUCAAUGGGGCAAGCCCAAGACAUUGGACAACAUGGACAGAGACGCUCGUAUGGCGAAUGCAAGAGCUGGACGUGAGACAAAUGCGGCCGUCAAAGCAGCUUCAGCAACCAGACCGGCAAUUGCUGCUGGUCCUUCAUCGGCAGCUGGAGCGUCUGAAAAGGCCGACAACUUUGAUCUGGUUGCUCCUCCACCUGGAUCUGAAGAUGUUCAAUACGCAAGUUUGGCAGGCGAGUAG